AUGACCACCCUACGAUCCGCUAAACAACUGCGAGCUCUGUACGUUUCGCGAAGAGCACGCGGCGUAUCGUUAGCAGAUGGGCCAGGAUUUUUGUAUGCCUUUGUCGAAUACGGUCAUCACUGGAAAAUUGGGAUGACCGAUAAUUACGAUCGGCGGAAAGCUGAAUGGGAUCAAUCUCUAGCCCACAUUCUAUUAGAGUCGAAGUGUUUCCAAAGACCUCGCAUUUGGUGCACACAAUGCGUCACAUCGAAAAAUUCAUAUUCUUUGGAAAACGGAGACGCGUUUGGCGAAGGAAGAUUCGGCCAGUGCUUGUGCACGCUGCAUUUUUGUAAAGCUCUCAAAUCGCCCGCAUGGUUCAAAUAUCAAGAUAUGAACACUGAAGAUCUCAUGGGCAGCUUCAGAUCGUUGGUUCAAGACCUUACUCAAUCAAAUUCAUUGUUGCUCCUGUAUAUAUUGUAG